UCCUACGACCUCGUUUGAGACUUUGUUCAGUAAACAUAAUACUAUGCCUCGUGUGCGAAUUAUCCAUCUAGACAGAUGAGUGUGAUUUACAGCAUGUGAGUAAAACAAUUACUUGGAUAUUACUCAGAUUGAGAUAUUGGAGGUCACAUCGACCAUGAAUAGAGUGCGAACUGCUUCUACUCCUACAAAAUAGAAGAUUCAAUAUAUCCCACCGGCCUUCUCUUGCGCAUCACAGCGUAGAACAGCGAAUGACUAAAAGAGUCUGAACACAGUCAUAAACAUGUCAAUGUACUCCGAAGAGAUGAGUAGCCUAGAAAACAUCUUUUGCUGGACAUGAUUUUAUAUGGUGUGAUAAGCAAGCUUAAAAAGACUGUGCCUUUCCUUCAAAAGCCUUGUUCCUGAGGCUGCUCAGCACAUUUGGUGUGAGGAAAUGAUUUCAACCAGUAUGCACCUUGUGUGGAUUAUCUGCAGUUCACGACUUGCAAUGGAUCUGGUGCAAUCCUAUGAAGUGCCUGUUUAUUGCACCGUUACCUCACAUCCCGAGAGGCAGAUUGAACUAUAUAUAAGAACCAACCAAACAUUCGAAUGCACAAUAUCUCGUCCGAAUGCUAGUUCAGAAGUUAUCGAAUGCAUAUCUCGAGCUAAAGACUGCACAGACACAGGAAAGGAACAUUUAUCCGAUAAGUAUUUUUCCAAUCGUACAUCGACACAUACUACUCUAAUCAUCCGAAAUGAAACGAACAAUUUCAAUGUGUCAUGUUACAACCCAUACAAUAUCAGUGGUACACGCACACAUCUAGAGAUCCCCUUUGGAUGUAACACUACAAAAUCAGACUGUGCCGACGGGACUUUCGGUGUGGCAUGUGACGGCCGCUGCUACUGUGUCGACGGUGUGGCUUGCGAAAAGGACACCGGGGAGUGUCCGGCAGGCGGCUGCUCCCCAGGGUACAAGGGUCCGCAGUGUGAUACAGAGUGCAAUGACGGCAAAUAUGGCGACGCCUGCCUCCAAGAUUGUGGGUCAUGCGCAAACGUUGACGUUUGUGAUCACGUGACCGGACGGUGUCCAAACGGAUGUUCUGAUGGAUGGCUCACUGACACGUGCCAAACGGAUGCUUCGGAAAGAGGUCUUACCCAGAGCGAGAUAGCGGGUAUUAUAAUUGGGUGCAUUUGCAUUGUUUCCAUACCGAUUUUGAUUGUGAUGAUCUGGAAAAGACGGGAGAAAUGUCCAUGUUUUGAGGCAAGAAAUGAGCAGAUCCCACUGGAAGGGCGUGUUACCAGUGAUCCAUCUGAAGAAUCAAAGCGACUGUUACAAACAGCUAAUCCAGUACAAGACAAUACCAACACUCUACACGAAGUGAGUACCAACGAAAAUGAAGCAAACGAUUGUCAUGCUCAACCAUCCACGGGAAGGCUUGCCAAUACCGAAACUACAUCCGAAAAGGGGGCCAGCGCUAAUGGAACAACUGGUGUAAACGACGGAGUUUUCAUUUUACAUGCGACGGACGAUGAAAACAUAGCCAGAACAAUCAAGGAGAAGAUAGAACGGGAGCUUGGAUCAAAUGACAAGCAGUUAGUAGAUGUGUCUGCGGAUGUUGGUUUGGGUGAGGGAAAAUUAAGUUACAUUGAGAACGUUUUGAUUACGUACAGAUGGAUAUUAUUUCUUGAAACUCCUCAUUCCCAAACAGACAGCAUACACUUGCAAAACGGUGAAACAGUUAAAGUUGACAAUUUGUAUGCACAAAAUAAUGACGACAAACCUCGCUUCAUCCCAAUGUUAUCCAAUAUUAAACAGAGAGAACUAAAAAGGUCUUGGUUGAAGGCUUUGAUCCCUUUACAUGAUUCAGAACACGACAUCAAGAAUUUUGUGAAAACGAUACGCGGUGUUCAAUAAUCGGCACUAAUUAUUCCAGAAAGACAUUGAGAUGCAAAUUAAUAGCACACGUUUGUGUUAACAAAUCACCACCACUCACUUUGUUUAUUGAUUCUCCCUGACGGUUUAACUGAAUGAUUGUUUGUGUAUUCCUGCGAUUUAGUGUGUUUAUCUAACUUGCGCGGAAACGGAUAUCCCAUAAACCAGAAUCACGGACACCAAUGUCGUGUUAUGUAUUAGCUUGUAUAGCUGUAUCAAUUGUAUUGUAGAACAAUGUCGUGUUAUGUAUAAGCUUGUAUAGCUGUAUCAAUUGUAUUGUAGAACAAUGUCGUGUUAUGUAUCGGCUUGUAUAGCUGUAUCAAUUGUAUUGUAAAACAAUGUCGUGUUAUGUAUAAGCUUGUAUAGCUGUAUCAAUUGUAUUGUAGAACAAUUGCAUAUUAUUUGGAUAGUAUGAAAACUUGUGUACAUAUUUCGUAGUUUGUAAAACAUGUAAUUACAAUCUGUAUGAUUUGUAGGUAACCGAUACCAUUAACAAGUUGAAUACAAAUAUGAACACCCAACGUCUUUGUAUAUAAAUAUAUAUAAAGAAUCGACUAUGUGACUAUUAAAAUUCCAUAUGCAUUCAUGUGUUCUUUCCGUAAAAGUUACAAAAAUAACAUUAAGGUCGUCGUUUUACCGCUCUCAUAUGUUUAUGAGAGCUAAGUUAGUCCAUGCCUCAAGUAAUAUAUGCAUUUGAAAACGGAUCGAAUUGGCUCUGC